UAUUCUGUCCAAAGACUGAAGUCAUUUAAUGUCGUAACAGAGCAAUCUGUGACUCAAUUUAAAAGCUCUUUAUAUUAGGUGGAUAUUUUCAAGUUUAGUUGAUUUAUCGGAAGACAACCUUGUGCAGCAUUUAACGGUUCUUGAUGAUAAGGUAGAUGAUAUGGCGAAGAAGAUUUCGCUAAAAAAAGCAAGAAAAAAUACGAGAAAACACUCAAACGGCGUAGAGAAGAGAAACAAUGGCAGUGAGGAGGAUUCAACUGACUCGCGCUUUGGUUAUAAAGCAGUUUUCUUCAGUAGUUUCGCUGCAAUUCUUGGAUUUCUGCUUCAAAGGGGAAUUUGGCAAAAUGAAAUGCUUCUGCCAGAUAACAAUGGUGGAUGGGGAAAAGCAGCAAUGAAGGACGAACAACUUUUUAACACCAGCCAAUGUGACAUCGAGAGGAGAUUCGCUGAAGAUUUAACCAAAGAUGACUUCGAAAAGAAUUACAGGUUUAGAAAACCGGUUUUGUUGAAGUUCAAGGAUGGAGCAGCAGGUUGGACGGAUCCGUGGAAAUGGACGAAAGACAAUCUCGUGAAGGAGUAUGGGAAAUGGACUGUAUUGAGUGGGACGUCUGAUAAUAUCGUUAGGUCUGGAGGAAACGGUGACCAAAAAUCUUCAUUCACUGAAUAUCUUAAUGAAAUUAUGAAUAAUGAAAAGUUAAAGAAAGAACCAUGGUAUAUGUUUGAUAGAAAUUUUUACGAAAGUUCAGACCUUCCCGACACAAUAAGACCGCCAAGCUACCUCAGGAUCACGGAUGAUGAUAGCAGUAUCUUUUUUCUCGGUGGUUCUGGGUCCGGGGUGAGCUUCCACAAGCACGCUGAUGCAUGGAAUGGAGUGGUUUAUGGACGCAAGAGAUGGUUUCUCUAUCCUGUGGAAUUCACUCCACCUGGGGGUGUUUGGCCAAGUUUUUCUCAGCGGGAGUGGUUCAACAAGGUUUACCCUACGCUUCGUCCCAAACAAAUGCCACAGGAAUGUGUGCAGGAAGCUGGAGAAAUCAUGUAUUUGCCUGAAUCGUAUUACCAUGGCACAAUAAAUAUUGGAGAUACUGUAGCAAUAGGGAUACAGAAGAUAGAAGCCACCACUAGAAUAGAGGCCAUGUCCUACCAGGCAUCAGGUCAGCUAGGAGAUCUUGUCAGGGAGGCAAAAAGUCCUGACGAUCCAUUGUUUGACCAAGUGGAAAAGAAAUACAAGAAAAUCGUCUCUAUGCUUCCAGCGAGUUCUGAGGCACUCCAUAAACUGGCCACUCUAUAUUUCCACCGAGGGAACUUUAAAGAUGCGAUUAAGGCUAUGGAGAAAGCUGUGGCUCUAGACCCUUGGUUCGUAAUCGCAAGAGUUGACUUGGCCAAGUUCUACGUAAAACUUCGAAGACCGGAGAUAGCAGAAAGUAUUCUAAAGGAAGCAUUGAAAAUCCAUCCCGAUAGUGCUGAUGGUAACUGGCAUUAUGCUUCCUUGAUCAAUGCCAAGGGAGAAUACCAUAAAGCAGCUAAAUUAUAUCGCAAGCUGAUAUCUAUGAAUCCGAACAAGUCUUUUGUUUACUUCCAACUGGCAAGCAUUUUGGAAAAUAUUGGAGAUGUAGAUGGUGCUAAGGAGGUCCGUCAGCAAGGGCAGGAUUUGGACGAAAGAAGACGAAAAAUGAAGAACACCAAAUAGUUAUUUUGAUGAAGUUAGUACUAAAUGAAUUUAACGAUGUUGAUAACACUUUUAAAAUACAUAAACCUCUUAGUGCGCAUUUUUCUUUUGAGCGAGCGUCAGUCAGUCAGUCAG